CCUCUCUCUCUCUCUCUCUCUCUUCUAUUUUCAGCCCUUCUCUAACUUGAUUCCACUUCAUAUAUCAUCCUCUUUUGACGAUCAACGGUCGAGAUCUUAUCAAGAGAAGGUGCAAGCUUCAAGAUUUCAUCAUAAGUUCUACUAAAAAAGAGACCAAGAAGUAGCAACGAUGACAUUUCAAUCUAGGAAUGGGACAGAGUCUACUAGUGGGGAUGAUUACAACAAUGAUGGUGUUUUAGGUUCUUAUCUACACAAAAAUAGAGUUUUGAAAACAAUUUCCGUUGUAAAUCGUGAAGAUGUGGAAAGAAAGAACAAGCUUGUGGCUCUAGCUAACGAAGUUGAUGUCAAGAAUCAACGAUUGGUGGAAAUGGAAUGCAAGUAUAAUAGUAUUGAAUGCAAGUAUAAUAGCAUUUCUCAAGAGAGAGAUGAGCUACAUCAAGCUUAUGUUGAAGGAACAAGACAAAUGCAAUGUAUAAUAGAGGACAUUGAGAAAUUGAAAUUAGACUUAGAAUCUCAAAGAAAGGAAUACUUGCAAAUUGAAAAUGAGAAGAAGAAACUAAUUCAUGAAAAUAAAAAGAUGAAACAAAAGUUGAAGUUGAUGAAAGGAAAGUUGAAGGUGCCCAAAGAUGUGGGAGGUGACAAUGAUGGGAAAGCAAUAGAUUUUUUAUACAAAGAACUUCAACAAAGGAAAAAUGAAAUUGAAGAAUUGGAAGAACAAUAUCAUCCUCUUGUUGAUAGAGAGCACAAGAGUAACAAUGAGCUACAAGAAGCUCGCAAAGAAUUUAUUAAAGGUCUAAGUGAUGUGAAGAGGGGUCGUGGUUCGAUUGGAAUCAAGAGAUUGGGAGAUCUUAAUGUGAUGCCUUUUCGGAAUGCAUGGCACCAAAAAUUUCCAUCCAGUGAAGCCAAUGCCAAAGCAGCUGAGAUGUGCACUUCAUGGCAAGAGCUUGUUAACAAUGCAAGCUGGCAUCCUUUCAAAAUCAUAACCUCUGAUGGAAAGCUUCAAGAGAUAAUAGAUGAUAAUGAUGAAAAGCUAAAAGGGCUCAAGGAAGAAUGGGGUGAAGAAGUAUACACAGCUGUAACGACAGCCUUGUUGGAGCUUAAUGAGCAUAACCCAAGUGGGAGAUAUCCAAUUCAAGAACUCUGGAACUUCACUGUAAAAAGGAAAGCCAGCCUAAAAGAGGUCAUCCAACAUGUUUCGAAGCGAUUAAAGAAUAAAAAAGGCUGAGGGUGACGACUCUACUUUAAAAAAGAAAAGAAAAGAAAAAAUUAGAGUGAUGUCUUUGUCUUCAUCAUGCUAAGAGAUAGGGAGAUUGUGUGAAAUGUGAGAGUUGUAUGCUUGCAAGUAAUGUCAUUUUGUUGGUGUAAGUAUGUCCUUUGAAAAAGAGGGAGUUUAUGAUGAGACAAGGCCCUAAACUGAUGAACAAGUCUGUUUUAUUGCAUUCAAAAGGUAUGCAUUUGGAAAUCA